UUUUUUGCUCUUUAAAGAAUGGAUGAAAUGCAGUCAGAUUCCCGUAAUAACAUAAAGGGCCGCUUUAAUGAGCAAACGGUGAAGAAGAAGAGAAAGAAAAACACGAACUUGCAUGAACUCACUGAAAGCUCAAAGGUGCAGACUGAGAAGCAAAAUGAAAAGAAGCAUAAGAAAACAAACACUGGAGAAUUGGAGAAUAUAAGUCUGCAGACACAUACAGUUAAAAAGAAAAAAAGAAAAUUAAAUGAAGGAGGCGAGGUUGUCAUCUUUGAGGAGGCUUCAAUGAUGGAUGGUGGUGUCACAAGCCUGCAUCAAGUAAAGGACAUGAAAACACCCACAGCAGAAUCACAAGAACUGAAAAAGAAAAAAAGAAGUUCAACUGAAGAGAAAUCUGAUAAAGCAAAGAAAAAGAGAGAAAAUGCAACCGAGAUAAACUGUGAUCACAUGGCACAAGAACAGGAAAGUGGCUUACCUGCCGUACUAACUGGUACUUUAAAGCGCAGAAAAAAGAAAAACCGUUUGGAAGAACCACUAGUUGAUCCAAAUCUCCUGAAUGAACUGAAAGAAUUUUGUCCUAAAAUAGAAUCCAGAGACCCAUCUGAAAUCAAUAAAAUGAUCGUGUAUGACCUGCCAAGGUUCAGAGAAUUCAGAAAGCAAGGCAUCAUGUUGAGACAUGGAAGAUUCUCUAAUGCAGAAAAUGAAAUGUUAAGACAGAACGUUAGUGAUUUUAUGGCUCUCACAGGAGUGAAAGAUGCUACCAAGCUCUUUCAUCCAAAAAUGUUUCCAGAAGAGAAAUGGGAAUUGACAAAGUUGAAAAAGGUCUACAGGUUUUUUGAAAGGAUUGCGGAUGGAAUUCCCAGGUCUUGUCAUGAUGUUUUUACCCGUGGAACGAAAGUUUUUGAUGGUAGAAACUAUAAGGGAAGGUUUUCAAAAGAAGAAAUCAAAGCAUUGCUCAAGUAUCAUACAUUACAUGGCAGUAACUGGCGAAAGAUUUCUGAGCUGACUGGUCGAAGUUCUUUUUCUCUUGAGAAACGGUUUUCCCAAAUUAGUUAUGCUAAAAAAAGGGGACUGUGGUCUGUGAAGGAGGAGCAGAGACUUUUGAGGGCUGUGCGAGACCAUAUUGUAACAGUGCUGAAAUCUGAGUCGCCAAAUAACACAACACCAAAACGAGUCAGUAGAGAAAUGCUCUACCAAAAAUUACCUUGGUUCAAUAUUGCACUGAAGGUUAAAACUCGAUGUUGGAGCAAAUGCAGAGAGAAAUGGUUGAACAUACUCGCUGUACGGAUGUCCUCAGGGACUUUAUGUAGGGGAAGGAAAGCUCAGGAGGCCAAAAUCAGACUCAUUAAAGCAAUGUAUCAAACGCAAGUGGAGGAUGUUACGGAUGUCGACUGGGAUGAUCUCACGGCUGUAUUCGGGGAUGUUCCUCCAGCACAUGUGCAAGCAAAGUGGCACCAGCUUAAAGUUUGCUAUGUGCCAGAUUGGAAGGCCAAGUGUUUUGGAGACAUUGUUGACUUCCUCUAUGAGAAAAUCUUGCCAGGCCUGGAGAAAGAUUGUGAAGACCUUGAUGACAAUGAGCUGAAGGUUGAACAGAAGCAGAGCUUUCGUAUAUCUGACAUUUUUCAGGACAUUAAUGAGGAUGAUUGCUGUGACAGUGAUGAAGAGAGUGGCCAGAAAGAGGACAACACUUGAACUAUGAUCACUUGUACUGGAUAAUUAGACCUUAAAAAUGAUUCCUUUAAUCCACCACACUAAAUAUUCCACCACUGUAAAGAAAAAGCACAUGUUUAAGAUGUUUGAUAGUUCCUCUUUUAUUCUUCUGUUCAUACAUUUAUUUUUGAUUAAGCAUUGAAUAAACAGAAUUUGUAUUAUGCCUUUAAA